CGUUGCAGUUGGCAAGCACUGGUUUAGGGAAUCUAUGUUCUCCGAGGAGAUGAACUGAAAGGAAAAUUUUUUUCAAAGAGAGAACGUGUUCGAACUUAAAAGAAAAAAAAAUGUUAGAAGACGAAGACAACGAAGAGCUUCAUUUGCUACACGGUACAACUCAACACGCUACUAAGUUAAAAAAUGACCCAGGCGGAGCGGAGCCCCAGACGGGCGGCAAGGCGAUCGGGCUGACGACCAGGGAGGCGCUCGGAGUCCUUCACGAGGUGAUCCAGGGCACCCUGGACGAGUUCACGUCGGCGGAGAGAGAGAGGAAGGGCGUGCCGUGGCUGCGCGACGCGCUGCACCACGAGAGCCGCCACACGCCGCUGUGCUGGACGUCCGCGGCGGCCCUGGUGCUCGACGGCACGGCACUGAUCGUCGCGCACUUCGCCUCGGACGGCUCCCGCCCCACGGACAACUGGCUGGCGCAAGGCCUGGUGAUCCUCGCUCUGGUGUCCCUCAACCUGUGGCUGGUGCUGCGAGAGAGCCGGCUGCGCCACCUGGAGAUGUCCCGGAGGAUCGGCCUGGUGCUUCAGCACUUGAAAGGGGCCGCGGGCAGCUGCCGCUGGGCGCCGGACAACUACCCCCACCUCUACUCCCCGCACGCCCCCUGCAUCACCCUGCAGUGGACGUACCGCGACGGCCGGGUCGUGAACCUGCCCUGGGCGCUGCUGGUCGCGGGGGACGUCAUCGUGGUGCGGCCGGGGCAGGCCGCCCCAGGGCGCUGCGCCCCUCUUGAGGACGGGGACGGCCCGGAGCUGCGCGCUGGGGAGACGUACGUGCCGCCGGCCCAGGGCGCCCGGGAGCUAUCCAGCGUGCCGGCCGCGCGAGCGCCCUACAGGAGCAAGCUGUACGUGCUGCGGGAGACGCCGUGCGCUGGGAGCCUGGGGCGCGCGCUGCGCCAGGCGACAGACCGGCCCGUCACGUACUUCAGCCGCGCGCGCCACCUGCUGAUGGCUCGCUGCGUCGAGCAGCUGGCCUUGCCCGCGGUGCUGGUGUUUGUGCUGCUGGUGAACCUGGUGAGGUUCGUGCACCUGUGCGAGCCAACCGGCUGCGGGCCCUGGCCGGAGAUGUUCCUGGUGCAGCCGGCGGCCGCCUGCCUGCCGCUGCUGCCGCUGGUCUUCCCCGCCGCGUGGACCCUGCUCGGCCUCCUGGGCAUGGCGCGCGUGCACGCCUUGGCGCGCGCCCCUCUCAUGUGCGCUCAGGAUGAGAUCGACCCGUUCGAAGAGGCCGACCUGGCGGAGCCGAAGAACGCGGUGGUCACCGUCGACUGGUCCGAGGUGUGGGAGAACAUGGCGAAGCUGUGGCGGGGCCGGGGCGAGAACCUGUCGCGCUCCGUGAACCUGCUGCAGGUGCUGGGAUCCAUCACGGCGCUGUGCUGUGUGGACAAGAAGGGCGUGCUGUCGUGGCCCAACCCGACGGCGGAGAAGGUGUUCUUCCUGCGCAACCCGUCGCCGGACGACAGCUCGUCCAGCACGGAGAGCCAGGGCGGGCAGUGCACGGACCACACGCACUCGGGCGGGACGGCGCAGGAAGACGACCUGAACGAGAGCCUCACCAGGUUCAGCUGCCUGCCGACGGACCUGUGCGCGGGGCGCGCGGCGGCCGAGGUGCUGGACCUGACGCACGACCGCGCCGGCCCGUUCCGCCUGCAGUUCGACGACCGCGCCUGGCGCCGCCACCUCAGCUCGCUCAAGCCGCUCGGCCUGGCCGCGCUGCUCAACACGUGCAACAUGCGCACGCACCGCCACUACAGCCAGUUCUGCGCGCACGUGUCGUGCGAGGCGGCGCACCACGAGGACCUGGUGCCCGUCACCAAUCGCAGGUGUUUGUGCGAGCUCGCGAAGCAGAUCGGGUUCGUGGACCAGGCACAGGAAAUAUUUGACCUGGAGGUCCAGCUGUCUACGUUCCGCCACGUCCACCCAGAGAUGAUGCGGCGCGACAUGAAGUUCGCGCGCACGCUGUCCAACACGAAGCUCAAGUUCCCGUUCCCGCACAUGGUGGGCGUGCUGGUGCGCGAGCGCGUGCGCGGAGACCUGCAGCUCAUGACGCAGGGCACGGCCGACAUCGUGCUGGACUCGUGCGUCGAGUUCUGGGACGGCCGGGACCUCUGCCCCCUCUCCGCCUCGGACAGGAAGAAGAUCCUGGACUUCUACCAGCGCUCGAGCCUGACGGCCUACUGCACGGCGUUCUCGUACCGGCCGCUGACGCGCGGCGUGAGCGACCGCCUCUCCGAGGUGUACCUGGAGCUGCCGCCCGACAGCAAGCACCUGUACGCCCCGCACCGCAGCCCCACCCCGCUGGCCUGGGACCUGCGCGGCAUGCUGGACGCCCGCUACAGGGGCGCCGCGGGCCAGUUCCACUCCACCGACUCGCUGCUGGGAGGCGACGCGCGGGAGGAGGAUGUCGGCGACGUGGACGGCUGCUUCGAGCUGCAGUGCAACCAGGUGUUCAUCGGCAUGGUGACCAUGCAGUACCAGGCCCAGAUAGACAUGGUGCAGCUGAUCGACCAGCUCGAGCGGGCGUGCAUCAGGUUCGUGCACUUCAGCAAGGAGAACGAGCUGCGCUCGCGCGUCUUCUCCGAGAAGAUGGGGCUGGAGAGCGGCUGGAACUGCCACAUCUCGCUGCUGAGUGAGCGCGGCAAAUCGGACGGCGGGCGCGCGGACGCGCACUCCCCGUCGCCCCAGAGCAGCGGCCACAGGACGGACGGCUGCCUGGAGCAGGUGGUGUGCUCGCGGAACCUGGGCCACUCGCGCGUGCUGAGCUUCUCCGCGCCGAGCGCCAUCAACCUGGAGUUCUCCCAGGUGAAGUUCGAGGAGGAGGCAGCUCGCCGCUCGGGGCGCGAGUCCCUGUCCAGCAAGUCUGAGACCAGCCGCGGGGAGCGCGAGAGCCAGGACAGCGUGCUGAUGCGCAGCGUGGACCUCAGCUCGCAGCCCGAGACCUGGCGUUCCCUCAGCUGCCUCACCGACAGCACGGAGCAGGAGGCGCCCGUCAACUUCGACAUGUCCAACCGGGCGAACCUCCCGCGCGGCAUCGAGAACAUCCGACCGCACCUGGAGCGCGUGGACAACGUGCCCCUGCUGGUGUCGCUGUUCACGGACUGCGACCCGGCGGUGACGUGCGAGAUGCUGCGCGUGAUGCAGGACUACGGCGAGGUGGUGUGCGUGCUGGGCUCGUCGGCCAGCGCGGACAACACGGGCAUCUUCCUGCAGGCCGACGCCAGCCUGGCGGUGGAGCCGCUGUACCCGCAGGUGUGCCAGAAGGUGCCCGCCUUCAGGGCGCCUCCCCCGGGGCUCGGCCCCUCGCCCGUCGACCUCAGCCGCAUGCUCAACUCGGUGGCCUGCUCGCUGAGCUUCUGCCGCGAGGACCCCAUCUCCAUCUUCCACCUCGUCAUGGAGUCCCGCCACCACAUGCAGAGCACGUGGAACUGCGUGCAGUUCUGGACGUGCUGCGCCAUGUCGCUAAGCUGCGCGCAGGCGCUGGCGGCGUGCUUCAUGAUGCCCCCGCUGCUGUCGGCCGGCUCCGUGCUGUGGCUGGCGUGCGUGGUGGUGCCGGCGCUGUCCACGUCGCUGGUCGGCGUGCCCACGGACCCGCGCGUCAUGCAGCAGGCCACGGGCAAGAACCAGUGCGUCGUCAACACCGAGGUGGGGGUGUACGUGCUGUGGUGCUAUGGGCUGCGGUUCCUGCCCGGCGUGGUGUCCACGCUGGUGUUCCACGCCCUGGGGCUGCGGGCGGCGGAGGCCGGCGGAGCGGCUCACUGGGGGGUCCACCCCCAGGCCCUGCGGCUGGUGCAGGAGGCCACCCUCGCGGUGCUGGCACUGCACUUCGUCACGGUGUCGGUGAGCUUCGUGCGGCACGAGUGCUGCCUGUGGCGCGGCAGUCCGCACGUCAACAAGGCCUGGGUCGUCUGCGCCGUGCUCGUCUGCGCGCUGCAGGCGGGGUACACGUGGUCCGUGCUGGCGGCCGAGCGGCACGGCGCGGCGGGCACCGGCGCGGCGGCACGGCUCCCGGUGGCGGCCGUGGCCUUCGGCGCGGUGUCCCCCCUCCUGACGCUGGUCGUCGCGGAGCUGGUCAAGCGCGAGGAGAUCAAGGCGAAUGUUCGAUACCAAAAACGAGCCCGCUUGGAGUUCGGCACGAAGCUCGGGAUGAAUUCGCCUUUCUGAACUGGGCUUGCAACACCAGGAGUGAUGUUCCUGCGGCUAACUGUGCCAAACCUCGAGCGUUAUACGGACUAAAAAAAAUCCAAAGAAAAUAACUCUCGAUAGCGCAACCCAUGUUUUGGCACUCGGCCUGAGUGAAAUCGCGCUCAAGUUACCUCGAAAGAUGUGUCCUUAAUCUUAGGCAAUAAGUUUACAAGAUGAUCAAUGAAAUAGCUCGGAAUGGCAUUCUUCCACACGGAGAAGUCAGGACGUCUGUCCAACAAGCCUGUCAUGCAAAUAUUGUAAAUUUUUAAAUGGCGUAACAACUUAUUAAUAGAGACCGGAAAAAUUUGCGGGUUCCAUGACCUUUAGGAUAGACUCCAAUAUCCUUUACACACACGGGCAAAUGCCAACUGUUCAUUGGCUGCUGACUUGUGAGUCGUCUCGACUGGGUGGCCUGUGAUUCGACACUUCUACGAGUGAGGGUCUCUAAUUGGCCCUCAGUCAUCCAGAUUAACAGUGGACCAAUGGCAGAAGCAGCAGUAGGGUAUAAUUAUUUGAAUUUUAGCAUUGCACGUAAUGAACCCGCGAAUUUUCCAGGUCUCUAGUUAUUAUUUUGUUCUUUAAAUGAUUUAUGCAGUGGGGAAUUUUGAUUUAAUACGAUUUCUUGGACGUACGCCAUUGCAGUUUUGCUCUGUUUUCUCGUUUAUAUUUGAACCAAUUCAAAUUCAGAUUAUUCUUUCAAUAACAAAAGAAGUAAAGUGAAGCCGUCGCAUAACACUCUUUGACAUUGAAGUUCGAUUCAGCAUUGCACAACAUGAAACAGUAAAACUGCACAUGCAGUUUCAUCAUGCUACUGGGUCCGAUCAACACGCCGUACUUUAUUCAGACGUGUUCACACCGAAUGGCGCAACGGCCGAGUUUGGAUAGAAAGGACAAUCUUCUAACUGGAAAUAAGCAGCUUUUUAACACUGCAAUGAAAAUCCCUGUGAAAACCGUAAAACAUACUUUCUUAUAGUGUUAGCUUUUUUUAAAAGCAUUGACAUGGAAUAUCUGUUCCCUUUUCAAAAUACAUAUUAAAAAAUGUCUCUGAGAGAAACUAAACUAUUAAAAACUCAUUGUGAAGAAUACAUGCCCCUAGUAAAUUUUUUUCAACCAAAUUUUAGCUAAUACAAUUUGACAUUUCUGUUCAAAGAAUAUUAUUUUAUACUUGAACUCGAAAGUUGAUUCAGACAAAAAAGAACUAAUAUUCACAGGGUCCUACAGGGAAACCAUCUCAAGACAUUGCUGAAGGGACCAAAACAAUGCGUUCUCACUAAUGAAAUAACCAUUUUAUUCAUUUUAUUAGCAUAAGAACUGUUUGUAGCUCAAGUGAAAAUUUAUUGAACUUUUUUUACUUAUUACACAGUUAAAUCAUCUCAACAGAUUCAACACGAAGUAGUUUCCACUGUAGUCAUUUACACUUACCACUCAGUUUUUCUUGCCUGCAGUUCUACCAUCAAAGUAAAUUGUAAUUUUUUGAAACAGUGCUGUUUCAGAUAUUAAAAAAAGAGUACUAAAUCAGUAUUCUAGGGACUAAAGAUUCUUUUAAGUUUUAUACAGAUUCAACUGCAAAUGUUACUUAAGUGAAGUUGUGUCUGGAGACAUGAAGAGAUAUGCCAAAUACAAAGAGUAUCAAUAUCAUCAAGAAUCAUUAGAUAGCUACAUUUUAAUAAGGCGGUAGGUACAGUUGUGUUGAGGCAACACAAUAACGAUGACAAUUUUUGUCUUGCACCUUCGAACUUGCUGCAAAGUAGCGCCUGUUUGGGUUUUUAAUUCGUAAUUUAUUUGGGAGAGACUUGCCAUGAUCUUGUCUCCGUCCUUGUAACGAGGUUUGCUCAUGAAAUUGUUUUUUUGAGGAUGUGUUUGUACUAAGUUUUGAAUAAAACGUUUUUUAAAAGUA